AUGGCUUACCGUGACAAGGACGCGCCACACGGGGGCAGAGACGGCCAACCUCCGCUCCCAGGCAGCGCGGCUCCGUCCAAUGACAAAGCUACUCUUGGUUCAGCCCCUCGAAAAAGGGGCUUUUCCUUGCGUGGUUCCCAGGCCGGACCGCCUCCCUUUUACUGCCCCUCCUCCUGCAUUCAUCACUCCCUCUCUCCACUGCACUCAACUAAAACGCAAGCUUUCCUGGGUUCUGACUACAGUGUAACCAAAGACAUUGAGAAGGCAGCGCCCUCGAAGACAUCAAUCCCACUCACCAAGCCUCGGUGGCUGCUGGGUACAGUGGCAGGCCAAGGCGUGGGGGUAUGGCCGUGGGGGGGCCGCAUCCCUUCCUCCGCGCUGCACCGUGACAGGCGUUGGGGAUUCUGGGAUCGGGGUCCUUUCAGGGGUGCGCCGAGACUCUCCGAACUCAGGCCUUGGCUAAGCAGAGCAGUACCUGAGGUCGGGGGCUCUGGUAGUAACAGGGAAGGAAGCGGAGCUGAGAAAGCCAAAAGGGCGAGAUGUUCUCCAAGAGUCUGGGUCGUCCUCGGCUCUCUGGUUCUGGUCUUUCUCACUUCGCUCUUCUUUUCCGUUUCGCUCCGGAGCGGUGUCGGCUUCAAUUACCUAGAGCCGCCCGGCUGGGAAGAUUCUCGGCGGGUCAAGCUGGUUCCCAGCUACGUGGGCUCGCACAGACGGCUCCCCCCUGACUCCACGCAGCUGCAAACAUGCGCCUGUCCUCGUUGUGUCGGAGACCCCGGAGUCUCGGAUUGGUUCGAUGAGAACUAUGACCCGGAUAUCUCACCUGUUUGGACCAGAGACAACAUCCAGCUGCCCUCUGAUGUCUACUACUGGUGGGUGAUGUUGCAGCCCCAGUUUAAACCACACAACAUUCAGCAGGUGCUGCUUCGGUUGUUCCAGGUGAUUCCUGGCCGAUCCCCGUAUGGCUCAUGGGAUCCGGGCCGAUGCCUACGGUGUGCCGUAGUUGGGAAUUCUGGGAAUCUGCGUGGGGCAGGAUAUGGGCCGACCAUAGAUGGACAUAACUACAUCAUGAGGAUAAACUUGGCCCCUACGGUUGGUUAUGAGGAAGACGCCGGCAGCCGCACCACUCACCACUUCAUGUAUCCAGAGAGCGCCAAGAACCUUGCGGCCAAUGUCAGCUUUGUCCUGGUUCCUUUUAAAACACUAGAUCUGGUUUGGAUUACCAGUGCGCUCUCUACCGGCCAGAUACGAUUCACGUACGCUCCAGUGAAGCAAUUUCUUCGUGUGGAUAAAGACAAGGUCCAAAUCUUCAACCCAGCAUUCUUUAAAUAUAUUCACGAUCAUUGGACCAGGCAUCACGGCCGCUACCCAUCCACAGGCAUGCUGGUGCUUUUCUUCGCCCUGCACGUUUGCGAUGAGGUGAACGUGUUUGGAUUUGGGGCGGACGGUCGGGGAAACUGGCACCACUACUGGGAGCAGAACCGAUACGCUGGAGAAUUCCGAAAGACUGGUGUCCACGAUGCCGACUUUGAAGCACAGAUCAUCCAACGAUUGGCUGAGGCCGGAAAAAUCACAGUCUACCCGGGGAAAUGAUCAACACCGACCCUCACUUCAUGAAACAGGUUUAGCCUGAGACGGUGGAUCCAGGCAGUGUUUUGUAAUCAUGAACUUCAACUCAGGAGUGAAAAAUCAAGACGUCAAACUUACAUGACAUUGACCACUGCUGAGCUUGGCAUUGAGAGAGGGCUUGAGAUCGAACUGUUACAUUCUGUCACGUUCUCCAUGGAUUUAAUCCCCCACCAUUUCUGUAGAUACGGAUUGCCUCGAGCAAGAAAUAGCACCAUCAGCACGCUAGUGGAAAAUUGUUCUUCAGCCAGUGUUUCCACUAGCAACAAACUACAGAGCUGUGGAUGUUGACCAACACAAUGCAAGAUUGUAGGUGUGCGGGCAGGCAGACAGUGAGAUUUUCCAUUUUGUCACCCUCUUAAAACAAUUGCCAGUCAAUUUUUUGCAUGAAAACUCAAAAUUGUUCGUAAAUUUCCAAAAAUCCUCAAAUGAUUCAUUUUUUCGUUUCCUGAAAAAUUGGGGUGGGAAAAUAACUUUGGCGAUUAUUUUAAAGGGAUCCACGGCUAAAAAGACUUGUAGUUCAUAAAAGAUAGACGUUAUUAUGAGUUAAAAUAAUUUGGUAUUGAAAGCACUCUGUAUGUUUUCGUUUUUGUACAAUUUGUAAAAUUUGUUUAACUAGUUGGUCGCCAUUGUUGUUGACGUCACAGGGCGGUGACGUCACAUGGUUACGCUGCCGGGCUUCCAGAGUAAGACUCUCGCAACAUAAAUAUGUAAUCUGUUCAACCCUUUCAAUUUGAACCUAAGAGUAACAUUAAUGAGCAUGACAGCACUGUCGAUAUUUCACAAAACGAGCAGCAAAAGCAAAAUGAACAGGAAAGACGGGAUGAGACGUGACAAGAGUAGGAAAACAACAAACUGGUGUUCUGCCAAAAUGUACUACACCGGCGAAACGUGUUACAAGAGGCGAAUUUGACACCCAAAGUCUACCAUGCGCUUUCAGCUUGUUUUGUUUAGAUGCAUACAGACAGAACAUACUGAUGAUGCCUUAAGAAAAUACUUAAAUGUAGUAAUAUCAAAUAGGGGUGGUUUAAAUAUGCUGCGUGACUAAUGUGGUCAACAUAUCAACAAUCUGCUUUAAAGCUAUCACAAGAAAACACAAUGCUUAAAAGCAAGGGCGUAGGUUUGCAUAGGGACGGUAGGGACAUAGUAACACUAUCAACUUUUCAAGAUGCUCAAAUUGUCCCCACCAACUUUUAAGCAACCUUAUUUGCAUUGUAUAAUAACUUCAGUUACUGUAUAUAGGUAAUUUAAAAUGUCUUCCCAUAUGUUGUAAGGAUAGAGUUUCCCCUACCAUUAAUGUAAUUACAGUACUUUAUUUAUGUUCAGACUUACAUUGACCCAUUUUCACUUGCUGAAUGUGCCAGUCCGUUUUCCCCACUCAAACGCUCAUUUGAUUGGCUGAUGAUAGUAGUGUUUUACCUGAAGGAAGGCUCCAUUUGUAUUUUUGUCAUAGGCAGAGUUUGACUUUUGGGACAUGGGGGUAACAACAUGUUGAUGAGCCUGAAACACAGCGUCAGCAAUAAAAUUAAUUUACAAGAAUAUUUAUAAUAAUAAGAUGACAAUGAGUAUUUUUUGUUUUCCAACAUUCUUGAGGGGAAUUCUAAAUCAGGGUGCUUUGGCAAUACUUUUCGCCAAUAUCGUCAACCAUUGAAAAUGGUACGCUUGCCGGUGUCGUGCCAAUGUAGUUACCCCAGUCAAAAAUUGUAUCCCCUGGUCGGAGCCAUAUGAAGGUAGAUUUGUGUCUUUAUUAUUCAAUCCAAAAAAAAGUUGCUUCAAUCAAAAAAAGUCGAUUCAAUCCCCCAAAAAAAUGUGUUCGAAUGCAAAAAUAAAUUUGAAACUCAGAAAAAAAAAGCAUGUGAAAGCUAUUUUUGAUUUUUUUUUUUUUGAUCGUAUUUAAGUUUUUUUUUUUUUUUUUU